AUGGAUGCUGAGGAAGCUUUACAGAACAAGAAAUUCCCCAGACUCCCAAAAACUAUCGUGCGACGUCUGCCCCAACUUCCACAGGGCCGUACUAAGCACCAAUGGCUGGACGCUGCCCCCUCCUUUCAGCUACAGGCCCAACGGCCGGAAAAGGACAGGGGCGGGGUGUCAAGAAGCCAGAGCCAGGUGCCUGAGGACAGCCAAAGCAGAGAGUCUGGAAUUGCAGCAGAGCCCUCGAGAUAUCAGGGUGGCGGGCAAACCAAGCCCAAGUCAGACCGAGAGCUGUUCCGUAGCAAACUCGUCAGCAUCAUCACGCAGCAGGAGUCCACUUCAGGUCCACCUGUUCUGGAUGACACAAAUCCCCCUGCCUUUGGGCCACUGACUUCUGCAGAGAAGGACAUUCUGAGAUACCACUAUUAUAUCAAAAAUGGCAUUGACACCAAGCAUGUGGCCACUAUGGAUGACUCCUGGCUGGAGAACGUUAUGACCCUGGUUCCAACACCGCUGAAGAGGCUGACCGACACCAUAGAGGUGCUCUCAAAUGAGAUGAGAGAGGACUACCUUUUGAGUGUCAAAAAAGCUAUAGUGGAUUUUGUGCUUCGGGAUCCCAGGGAUAAGCAUGAGAACAAGGUGAAAGAUCUGCCCUCACAUCGAGCUGAAUUGGAGGUGGUGCCGAAGCCUUGGAGAAAGUCCUUUUUGCAUGCUCAGAACAUGAUGCGCGACAGAUUGCACACCAUCAACCCUACCAUGCUGUCUGUGCUGGACCUGUGGCAGGUAUCCUACAAGAGCCUGCGCCUGAUCGAUGUGGAGGAGUUCCGCAGCCUGAAGCAGUCAAUGGAGCUCACCUUCUUUGAGCAGUCAGCCAGGAAGCAUAUCAUUUGUGCCCGAGAGACUCUCCUUAAAAAAUGGUACAUAGAGGUUCAGCAGAUCUACUACCAGGGGAAUAAGCGCAAACUGCUUCCCAGCAUCAACCACGCAUGCAAGCUGCAGUCUUUCUUCAACUGUGCCGCCACUCUGAUGACCCAGCAGCUGCAGAGCCUGGCCCUGGAGUCCAUCCGUGACUACACCCGCCUCAUCAUUAAGGACAAGGAUUCAGUGCGUGUAUAUGAACACCCUGGCUUUGUCCUGAAGCUGGUCCUGGAUCAGACGACUAUCAGGUUGCACCCUGAUUUCAAAGACUUUGAGGCAGUCAUGCUCAAAGUCUAUGACCUCAUGCUGGACGCCAUCAGCGUUGUGCAGCGUGUGGAGACAACGCUGUACACUGAAUGGCCAGGGAGCCAGACCCCGGGGGCCCUGAAGCCUAUAGUGCUGCCAGAGAUCCUGGAGGCGCGAGUGGCCGAGGUGCGGCAGAUGAUCCAGGCUGAGAGUGCCCUGCCCCUGCAGCAUGUCCGCAACUACGACAAGUAUGCGGCGCUGGUCACUCGGCAGGCGGACGAGGACGUGGAGCAGUUCCUGCGUGAGAAGCACCCCUUCCAGGAGACCAUGAUGGAGGUCACGCGCUACCAGCAGCUCUCCGACGAGAUCCAGUACAACUGCGCCAAGGUGGUGCGUCUGGGCAUGUUCGAGGUGCACUGUGUUGAGCUGAUCAACGCCCUGGUGAGGCGCGCUGAGGGAAUCUGCCAAAAACUCGUGGCUCAGAUGCUAGAGGACCACCAGGUCAUCAACAAACAGCUGUGUGUGGAGUUUGAGAACAUUGCAGUGAAGGCUUUGAGCACCCCGCCGAACACUCAGGAGCUGAUGGAGCUGAAGGCGUAUGUGGACCAGGUGGAGACCAAGGAGAUGCCCCUUCUGGAGAAGACGCUGCUGGAGUCCAAGACGCGGCUGUGCUUCCUGGUGGACUACACCAGCCUCUCCCCCGAAGACAUGCGCCUGAACCGGGACACCUUCCAGUGGCACGCGCGCAUGCCGUCCAUCUUCGCUGACCACCGCGAGAUGGUCCAGGAGAAGACCGAGCAGUACCAGGAGGGUCUCAAGCUGAGGUGCGAGAGGUUUUUGGAGGAGCUGGAGGGCUACAGAAAACAGGUGGAGGAGUUUGUGACCUUCGGCGACCUGGCAGAGCUGAACAAGUACCUGAAGAAGGCUCAGGCCCUCAGCGCCAAGCUGGACACAGCCAUGGAGAAGAUAGAGGGGUUCAACCAGGAGGAGGAGGCCUACGACUGGCCGGUCUCACAGUACCCGCAGCGGAAGGAGAUCCAGGACCGGCUGAUGCCCUACCUGCGCCUGUACGAGACGGCAUCCGAGUUCCAGAGCCGCCACAGGGCGUGGCUGGAAGGGCCACUGACCUCGGUCAAUCCGGACAAGGUGGAGACGGAAGUGGGCAACUACUGGCGUGCCCUCUACAAGCUGGAGAAGACCUUCCAGGACUCGCCACAGGCCCUGAACAUUGCCACGGCCAUGAAGGCAGAGGUGGAGGGCUUCAAGGAGCACAUCCCCCUAGUCCAGGUGCUCUGCAACCCGGGCCUGCGUGACCGCCACUGGGAUGCCAUGACGGAGGUGGUGGGCUUCCCGCUGAAGCCCGAGGACGACCUGGCCUGUGUAGCUAACUUCCUGCCCCUGGGCCUGGAGGCCCACCUGAGCAGCUUCGAGGGCAUCAGCGAGGCGGCCAGCAAGGAGUACUCGCUGGAGAAAGCCAUGGAGAAGAUGAUGGUGGAGUGGAAUGGCAUGGAGUUUGGGCUGCUUCCCUAUCGUGAGACGGGCACCUCCAUCCUGUCCUCAGUGGAGGAGGUGCAGACGCUGCUAGAUGACCACAUUGUGAAGACCCAGACCAUGCGCAGCUCGCCCUUCAUCAAGCCCUUCGAGAAUGAGAUCCGGGAGUGGGAGGAAAAGCUGCUGCUUCUGCAGGAGAUCCUGGACGAGUGGCUGAAGGUGCAGGCCACUUGGCUUUACCUGGAGCCCAUCUUCAGCUCGCCUGACAUCAUGGCCCAGAUGCCCGAGGAGGGGCGGCGCUUCACCACAGUCGACAAGAACUGGAGAGACACCAUGAAGCAAGUCUCCCUGGACAAAAAUGUACUGUCAGUGCUGGCCAUUGACAAGAUGCUGGAGAAGCUUAAGAAAUCCAAUGAGCUGCUGGAGCUGAUCCUAAAAGGCCUGAAUGAGUACCUGGAAAAGAAGCGCCUCUACUUCCCUCGCUUCUUCUUCCUGUCCAACGACGAGCUGCUGGAGAUCCUCUCCGAGACCAAAGACCCUACCAGGGUGCAGCCCCACCUGAAGAAGUGCUUCGAGGGCAUUGCCAGUGUCCAGUUCACAGACGUGCUGGACAUCACCCACAUGAAGAGCAGCGAGGGUGAGGUGGUAGAGCUGGAGGACAUCAUCUCUACUUCCAAGGCCCGCGGCCAGGUGGAGAAAUGGCUGCUGGAGCUGGAAUCUGGCAUGUUGAAGUCCCUGCAUAAGGUGAUUGGAGAGGCGAUCCAGGCCUACCCCAAGGACCUGCGGAUCAACUGGGUGCGGGCAUGGCCAGGGCAGACAGUGCUGUGCGUCUCGCAGGUAUACUGGACCAAGGACAUCCAUGAGGCCAUCUCCAAGGGCCAGAAGGCUUUAGACGCAUACCUUGAACAGAACAACACUCAGAUUGAUGACAUUGUGACACUGGUGCGAGGCAAGCUGUCCAAGCAGAACCGUGUCACUCUCGGUGCCCUUGUGGUGCUGGACGUGCACGCCCGCGACGUGCUGGCCUCGCUCGUCAAGAAGGGCAUCAGCGACGAGAAUGACUUUGACUGGCUCAGCCAACUGCGCUACUAUUGGCUGGAGGACCAGCUCCAGACCAAGAUGAUUAAUGCGGGCCUGGCUUAUGGCUACGAAUACCUGGGCAACACCCCUCGUCUUGUCAUCACCCCGCUCACCGACCGCUGCUAUAGGACCCUGUUCGGGGCCCUGCAUCUGCAUCUCGGAGGGGCCCCUGAGGGGCCUGCGGGAACGGGGAAGACUGAAACCACCAAGGACCUGGCCAAGGCGGUCGCCAAGCAGUGUGUCGUCUUCAACUGCUCCGACGGCCUGGACUACAUCGCACUCGGCAAGUUCUUCAAGGGGCUGCUGUCAUGUGGUGCAUGGGCCUGCUUCGAUGAGUUCAACCGGAUUGACCUGGAGGUGCUGUCCGUGGUGGCGCAGCAGAUUUUGACCAUACAGAGAGGAAUCGCUGCCAACUCUGAGAUUCUGCUGUUCGAGGGCACCGAGCUGAGGCUGGACCCCACCUGUGCCGUGUUCAUCACCAUGAACCCAGGCUACGCCGGCCGCUCCGAGCUGCCCGACAACCUGAAGGCCCUGUUCCGGACUGUGGCCAUGAUGGUGCCAGACUAUGCCAUGAUUGCCGAGAUCGUGCUGUACUCCUGUGGCUUUGUGACGGCACGGCCGCUGUCGGUGAAGAUAGUGGCCACAUACCGGCUGUGCUCCGAGCAGCUGUCCUCCCAGCAUCACUAUGACUACGGCAUGAGGGCCGUCAAGUCUGUCCUUACCGCCGCCGGAAACCUAAAGUUGAAGUUUCCUGAUGAAAAUGAAGAUGUCUUGUUGCUGAGGUCUAUAAUUGAUGUCAAUCUGCCCAAAUUCCUGGCUCACGAUCUGCCACUGUUUGAGGGCAUUACAUCUGACCUGUUCCCUGGCGUGACACUGCCGAAGCCUGAUUACCGAAUCCUACUGGAUGCCAUCAGAGAAAACGCGGCAAAGAUGAACCUGCAGGUGACCGACUUCUUUGCAGAGAAGAUCCUGCAGAUCUUUGAGAUGAUGAUUGUGCGCCAUGGCUUCAUGCUGGUGGGGGAGCCCUUUGGGGGGAAGACCUGCGCCUACCGAGUGCUGGCGGCUGCCAUGAACGACAUCUGCGAUCAGGGUUUGAUGGAUGAGAACAGGGUCCAGAUCACGGUCAUCAACCCCAAGUCGAUUACCAUGGGUCAGCUGUACGGACAGUUUGACCCGGUCUCCCACGAGUGGUCGGACGGAAUCCUAGCGGUCAGCUACAGGGCUUUCGCCACGUCUCAAAGUCCGGACAGGAAGUGGUUGAUCUUCGAUGGGCCUGUGGAUGCGGUGUGGAUCGAGAACAUGAACACAGUGCUGGAUGACAAUAAGAAGCUCUGUCUGAUGAGUGGGGAGAUCAUUCAGAUGUCCCCACAGAUGAGUCUUAUCUUCGAGCCCAUGGACCUGGAGGUGGCUUCGCCUGCCACGGUGUCCCGCUGCGGGAUGAUCUACAUGGAGCCCCACAUGCUGGGCUGGGGGCCCCUCAUGGUGUCGUGGCUCAACACUCUGCCCCCCACCAUCAGUGACAUGCACAAAGAGCUCAUCAGCGGCCUCUUCCACAGAAUGCUGCCCGCCUGCCUGCAGUUCAUCCGCAGAGGCACCAAGGAGCUGUCGCCAACGUCGGACACCAACCUGGUCAACUCUCUGAUGAACCUUAUGGACUGCCUGAUGGAUGAGUUCAGGGAUGAGGCCCUCAUCAAGAGCAAAAACGAACGGGACAUCUGCUCCUGGCUGGAGGGGAUCUUCGUGUUCUCGCUGGUGUGGUCGGUGGGCGCCAGCUGCCAGGAGGAGGGCCGUAACCGGUUUGAUGGAGUGGUGCGGGAGAUGCUGGAGGGCCCGCUGAGUGAGGACACGCGGGCGCGCUACGGCAUCCUGGAGCAAAUGGACCCGCCCGCCAAGCAGAUGACCGUGCCCCCGCCCACAGAGGGCACGCUGUACGAGUACCGCUUCAUCAAGGAGGGUCCAGGGAGGUGGGAGCUGUGGACUGAGGAGCUGAAAGCUGCCCUCCCCAUCCCCAAGGACGUGCAGUUCAAUGAGAUCAUUGUGCCGACGGAGAACACAGUGCGUUACACCGCCCUGAUGGACCUGCUCAUCACUCACCAGAAGCCCACUGUCUUCAUUGGUCCCACUGGCACUGGCAAGAGCGUUUACAUCAUUGACUUCCUUCUGAACCACCUGGAUAAGGACGUCUAUAGCCCCCUGCUCAUCAACUUCUCAGCUCAGACGACAGCUGCCCAGACCCAGGACAUCAUCAUGUCCAAGCUGGACAAGCGCCGCAAGGGUGUCUUUGGCCCUCCCUUGGGGAAGAAAACAGUGGUGUUUGUGGAUGACGUGAACAUGCCAGCACGGGAGGUAUAUGGUGCCCAGCCCCCUGUGGAGCUGCUGCGUCAGUGGCUGGAUCACUGGAACUGGUACGACCUGAAGGACUGCACCAUGAUCAAGCUGGUGGACAUCCAGAUCAUGUGUGCCAUGGGACCACCUGGUGGAGGAAGGAAUCCUGUCACACCCCGUUACUUGCGCCAUUUCAACACGGUCACCAUCAAUGACUUUGACGAGAAAACCAUGUACACCAUCUUCUCUAGAAUCCUGAACUGGCAUCUCACCAUAAGGUUUUCCUUCCCUGCAGAGUUCGCAAGCCUGACCCCCCAGGUGAUCAAUGCCACCAUGGCGGUGUACAAGGAGGCCACCAUGAGCCUGCUGCCCACGCCUGCGAAGUCCCACUACAUCUUCAAUCUGCGCGACUUCUCCCGUGUCAUCCAGGGCAUCUGCCUGUCCCGCCCGGAGACAGCUGACCACCCCUCCGCCAUCAAGCGCCUCUGGGUGCAUGAGGUGCAGCGGGUCUACUACGACCGGCUGGUGGACAACGUGGACCGGGCCUGGCUGGUGGACUACCUGCAGGAGGUGACUCAGAAGCACUUGCAGGAGGACUUCCACCAGCUCUUCCAGCGGCUGGACCGGGACGAGGACGGCAAGGUGACAGAGGACGACCUGCGCAGCCUAAUGUUCUGCGACUUCCACGACCCUAAGGGCGAGGACCACAACUACCGCGAGGUGGGCUGCCUGGACCAGCUGCGGCAGGUGGUGGAGGCCCACUUGGAUGAGUUCAACAAUGUCAGCAAGAAGCCCAUGAACCUCGUGCUGUUCCGCUUCGCCAUCGAGCACGUCUGCCGCAUCUCGCGUGUCCUCAAGCAGCCCCGUGGCCACGCCCUGCUGGUGGGUGUGGGCGGCAGUGGGCGGCAGUCCCUCACGCGGCUUGCCGCCCACAUGGCAGAGUCGGAGCUCUUCCAGGUGGAGAUCGCCAAGGGUUACGGCCCCGCCGAGUGGCGUGAAGACCUGAAGGCCAUCAUGCGCAAGUCGACGGCGGGCGAGGCGCACGGUGUCUUCCUGUUCACCGACACGCAGAUCAAGCUGGAGUCCUUCCUGGAGGAUGUGAGCAACCUGCUGAACACGGGCGAGGUGCCCAACCUGUUUGCGGCCGACGAGAAGGCAGAGAUCUGCGAGCGCAUGCGCGUGCUGGACCGGCAGCGCGAGCGCGAGAAGCAAACGGACGGCAGCCCGCUGGCGCUCUUCAACAUGUUCCUGGAGCGGUGCCGCAGCCAGUUGCACGUGGUGCUGGCCAUGAGCCCCAUCGGGGACACCUUCCGUGGCCGCCUGCGCCGCUUCCCCGCCCUUAUCAACUGCUGCACCAUUGACUGGUUCCAGAGCUGGCCGGAGGACGCCCUACAGGCGGUGGCCUCGCGCUUCCUGGAGGACAUCGAGAUGAUGGACCAGACACGGGAGGGCUGCAUCGACAUGUGCCAGUCCUUCCACACCUCCACCAUCGAGCUGUCCGCCCGCUUCUUGGCAGAGCUGCAGCGCCAUAACUAUGUCACCCCCACCUCCUACCUGGAGCUCAUCUCCACCUUCAAAGUCCUGCUGGAGAGGAAGCGAUCUGAGGUGAUGAAGCUGAAACGGCGGUAUGAGGUGGGUCUGGAGAAGCUCCAGUCAGCGGCGGACCAGGUGGCCACCAUGCAGGUGGAGCUGGAGGCCCUGCAGCCACAGCUCCGGGUGGCCAGUAAGGAGGUGGACGAGAUGAUGGUGGUGAUCGAGAGGGAGUCUGUGGAGGUGGCCAAGACCGAGAAGGUGGUGAAGAUGGACGAGGCGGUGGCCAACGAACAGGCCAUGGCAGCCAAGGCCAUCAAGGAUGAGUGUGACGCCGAUCUUGCCAUCGCCCUGCCCAUCCUGGAGUCCGCCUUGGCUGCCCUGGACACACUGACCACACAGGACAUCACGGUGGUGAAGUCCAUGAAGAGCCCUCCGGCCGCAGUGAAGAUCGUGAUGGAGGCCAUCUGUAUCCUGAAGGGCAUGAAGCCCGACCGUGUGCCCGACCCCUCGGGCUCCGGCAAGAAGGUGGAGGACUACUGGGGCCCGGCCAAGAAGUUGCUGGGGGACAUGCGGUUCCUCCAGAGUCUGCACGAGUAUGACAAGGACAACAUCCCGCCCAACCUCAUGGCCAUCAUCCGCAAGAACUACAUCACCAACCCCGACUUCGUACCUGAGAAGAUCCGCACCGCCUCCACUGCCGCCGAGGGCCUCUGCAAAUGGGUGCGCGCCAUGGACUCCUACGACAAUGUUGCUAAGGUCGUCGCUCCAAAGAAGGAGAAAUUGGCCCAGGCGGAGGCUGAACUGAAGGUGGCCAUGGAGAGCCUCCACAAGAAGCAGGCUGCCCUGAAGGAGGUCCAGGACAAGUUGGCCAAGCUGCAGGAGACCCUGGAGGCCAACAAGAACAAGAAGGCCGACCUCGAGAACCAGGUGGACUUGUGCAGUAAGAAGCUGGAGAGGGCAGAGCAGCUUAUCGGUGGUCUGGGAGGAGAGAAGACCCGCUGGAGUGAGACAGCGUUUAACCUGGGUGAGCUGUACAACAACCUGACUGGCGACAUCCUCAUCUCCGCUGCCAUCGUGGCCUACCUGGGCGCCUUCACCUCCAGCUACAGACAGAGCCAGACAGAGGAGUGGAUUGAGCUGUGCAAGAGCCGGCAGAUCCCCUGCUCUGAAAACAUGUCCCUCAUGAGCUCGCUGGGGGAGCCAGUGAAGAUCCGUGCCUGGACCAUCGCAGGCCUGCCAUCCGACAGCUUCUCCAUCGACAAUGGCAUCAUCAUCUCGAAUGCGAGGAGGUGGCCCCUCAUGAUCGAUCCCCAAGGCCAGGCCAACAAGUGGGUGAAGAACAUGGAGAAGGCCAACAGCCUGCACAUCAUCAAGCUGAGUGAUUCUGACUUUGUGCGCACGCUGGAGAACUGCAUCCAGUUCGGCACUCCCGUCCUGCUGGAGAACGUCGGCGAAGAGCUGGACCCCAUCCUGGAGCCACUGCUGCUGAAGCAGACCUUCAAACAGGGAGGUAGCAUCUGCAUCCGCCUGGGCGACUCCACCAUUGAGUACGCACCCGACUUCCGCUUCUACAUCACCACCAAGCUCCGCAACCCCCACUACCUGCCUGAGACCUCUGUAAAGGUGACCCUGCUGAACUUCAUGAUCACCCCAGAGGGCAUGCAGGACCAGCUGCUUGGCAUUGUGGUGGCCCGGGAGAGGCCUGACCUCGAGGAGGAGAAGCAGGCACUCAUCCUGCAGGGGGCGGAGAACAAGAGGCAGCUGAAGGAAAUUGAGGAUAAAAUCCUGGAGGUGCUGUCGUCCUCUGAGGGCAACAUUCUCGAGGACGAGACGGCCGUCCAGGUCCUCUCCUCCUCCAAGGUCCUGGCCAACGAGAUCUCAGAGAAGCAGGCUGUCGCUGAGGCGACAGAGGUGAAGAUUGAUGAGACACGCAUGGGCUACACGCCCAUCGCUGUGCACUCCUCCAUCCUGUUCUUCUCCAUCGCCGACCUAGCCAACAUUGAGCCCAUGUACCAGUACUCCCUUAGCUGGUUCAUCAACCUCUUCAUCAUGUCCAUCGACAACUCAGACAAGAGCGAAAACCUGGAUGAGAGGCUGAAGAUCCUGAGGGACCACUUCACAUACUCGCUGUACGUGAAUGUGUGCCGCUCACUCUUCGAGAAGGACAAGCUGCUCUUCUCCUUUUGCCUCAACGUCAACCUCCUCAAACACGAUAACCUGGUGGACGAGAGCCAAUGGCGCUUCCUGCUGACUGGGGGAGUGGGCCUGGACAACCCCCACUCCAACCCCUGCACCUGGCUACCCAAGAAGUCUUGGGAUGAGAUCUGCCGGCUGGACGAGAUGGAGGGCUUCCUGGGCCUACGCAAGGACCUGGCUACACUGCGGGACGCAUGGAAGGAGGUGUAUGACAGCAUGGAACCGCACCACGCCCCUUUUCCUGAAAAGUGGCAGGACAGCCUCGGACAGUUCCAGAGGAUGCUGGUCAUACGCUGCCUGCGGCCAGACAAGAUCAUUCCCAUGGUGCAGGAGUUUGUGUCAGGCAGCCUGGGGCGCCAGUUCAUCGAGACACCGCCCUUCAACCUGGGCAAGGCGUUUGGGGACAGCCACUGCUGUGCCCCCCUCAUCUUCAUCCUGUCCCCCGGCUCCGACCCCAUGGCCGCCCUGCUCAAAUUCGCAGACGACCAGGGCUUCGGCGGGAACAAGCUGACCUCACUGUCCCUGGGGCAGGGGCAGGGUCCCAUUGCCAUGAACAUGAUCCAGACGGGCGUGAAGGAGGGCACCUGGGUGGUGCUGCAGAACUGCCACCUGGCCACCUCCUGGAUGUCCACGCUGGAGCGGGUGUGCGAGGAGCUGAACCCCGACACCACUCACCCGGACUUCCGGCUCUGGCUCACCAGCUACCCCUCACCCACCUUCCCUGUGGCUGUCCUGCAGAACGGGGUGAAGAUGACCAAUGAGGCGCCCAAGGGCCUCCGCGCCAACAUCGCCCGCUCUUUCCUCAUGGACCCCAUCUCCGACCCAGACUUCUUCAACAGCUGCAACAAGCCGGCGGUGUUUAAGAAGCUGCUGUAUGGACUGUGCUUCUUCCAUGCCCUGACUCAAGAGAGGCGCAAGUUUGGCCCCCUGGGAUGGAACAUCCCUUACGAGUUCAACGAGACAGACCUGCGCAUUUCAGUGCAACAGCUGCGCAUGUUCCUCAACCAGUACGAGGAAGUUCCAUUCGCUGCUAUCCACUACAUGACGGGCGAGUGUAACUAUGGUGGCCGUGUGACGGACGACUGGGACCGCCGCACACUCCGCACCAUCUUGUCCCUCUUCUACACCCCCAAAAUCAUCCAGGACCCUGACUAUAAGUUUGACUCCAGCGGCCUUUACUACUCGCCCCCGGAGGGAGAGUACAGCAGCUACAUCGAGUACACAAAGAACCUCCCCCUCAACCCCUCCCCUGAGAUCUUCGGCAUGAACGCCAAUGCCGACAUCACCAAGGACCAGGCCGAGACCCAGCUGCUGUUUGACAGCAUCCUGCUCACACAGUCCCGCUCGUCCGGGGGCGAUGCCAAGUCAUCGGACGACAUGGUGUUUGAGGUGGCAGCUGACGUGCUGAGCAAGCUGCCCCUGGACUUUGACAUUGAAGCGUCCAUGUGGAAAUUCCCCACCAACUACAACCAGAGCAUGAACACGGUGCUGGUGCAGGAGAUGGGCCGCUUCAACAAGCUGCUGCAGACCAUUCGCGAUUCCUGCCUGAACAUCCAGAAGGCCAUCAAGGGUCUGGUCGUGAUGUCAGCAGAGCUGGAGGAGGUGGUUAACAGCAUCCUGAAAGGCCGGAUUCCCGGGAUGUGGAUGAAGAAGUCUUACCCCAGCCUCAAACCCCUGGGGAGUUAUGUCAGCGACUUUCUGGACAGACUCAAGUUCCUGCAGGAUUGGUAUGACAAUGGCACGCCCGCGGUCUUCUGGAUGUCUGGGUUCUUCUUCACUCAAGCCUUCCUGACGGGCGGCCAGCAGAACUACGCCCGCAAGCACACCAUCCCCAUUGACUUGCUGGGUUUCGAUUUUGAGGUGCUGGAUGACAAGGAGUAUCGGCAGCCCCCUGAGGAUGGUGUCUACAUCUACGGGCUCUUCCUGGACGGUGCACGCUGGGAUCGAAAGACCAAGCUCCUGGCGGAGUCCUACCCCAAAGUGCUGCACGACACCAUGCCUGUGAUUUGGCUGAAGCCACUGAAGAAGCAGGAGAUCCCUGAGCGGCUCUGCUAUACUUCCCCUGUCUACAAGACCAGCGAGCGCCGCGGCACCCUCUCCACCACAGGACACUCCACCAACUUUGUAAUUUCCAUGACGCUCAACUCCAGCGUGCCCCCCGAGCACUGGAUCAGACGAGGGGUGGCACUCCUGUGCCAGCUGAACUCGUAACUCUCAGCUGCUCUCCC